GCAACUUCUCUUACCAAAUCUACAUACACAGGCUGCCUCUAGUUUGCCUCGAAUCGAUCGAUCAUCAGAGCAGUUGACAUCAACUCCCCCGUCUAGCGCGAUCGCAUUCAUCGACGAUCAACUGGCGAUAGAGUAACGCAAGCAAUGACACCCAUUGACGUCACAUCUACGCCAGCCUUGGCAAUCGAUCACAUCUAAUAAAUACAUCUCCCAUCUCGCAGCUCCUUCAACUUUCUCCAAUUAUUACCAUCUCAAGAACAUCAGAAUCGCUCAAUCAAACACACCCGUAUCACAGAUCACAGAUCAUACAUAACCCACAAUCACAACCACCACCAAAAUGUCCAGCACCACCAACACCGCGGCCGGCAACAAGCCCCUCGACCCCUACACAGCCAAGUCGCACGAGGACCCCCCUCUGCCCCAGAAGGUCGAAGACCUCGUCACGUUCAUCAGUGACUCCAAGUUCGGCAUGCUCACCACCAAGUCCUCAGAAGAUGAGCUCCUCACAUCCCGCUGCAUGGCGCUCGCCGGAAAGGAGCACGGCGGCAUCGACCUGAUCUUCCACACGAACCUCUUCUCGCACAAGACGAUGGACCUGACCACCCACCCCAGGGAGGUCAACAUGUCCUUCCUGGACCCGCUCAGCGGCUCCUGGGCCUCGAUCUCCGGCACCGCCACCAUCAUCUCCGACCGCGACACCGUCAAGAAGUACUACUCGCCCGCCCUGCAGGCCUGGCUGGGCGAUUUGGGGGAUGGCGUGCACGACGGUGGCCCGGAGGACCCCCGCAUCGGCGUCAUCAAGCUCGAGGCGGUGACCGCCCACUAUGCGCUGGCUCGCAAGGGGAUGCUCACCCGCGCCGUCGAGACCGUCAAGAGCGUGGCCACCGGGAACGUGCCGGCUAUCAACAGCAUCCGCGAACUGUCGCGAGCGGAGCUGGAGGAGUGGCGCCGCACGCACGCGAACGAGUAA